CAUACCUAAGUAAGUGAAGACAUUAAUUCAUAACAUUAAGAUGGAGACCUUUUAAAGGCACAAAAAUGAUGAAAAUACCGUACGCCCAACAACUAUACCCACGAUUGCCUUACCACAGCCUCCAAUAUAUCGGAGUCGAAAAAUCUUCCUCUUCCUAAAAUGCAUUCCGCUCACUCUUCCGCCUCGUCCGGAGGUCUAAUGGUCGGGCCUAAUUUUAGAGUUGGCAAGAAGAUCGGCAACGGCAACUUUGGCGAGAUUAGGCUAGGCAAGAAUCUGUACAACAACGAACACGUGGCCAUCAAGUUGGAGCCUCUCAAGACCAAAGCGCCUCAGUUACAGCUCGAGUACCGGUUUUACAAAAUGUUGGGACAGCAAGAAGGUGUACCCAAGGUUUACCAUUUAGGUACGUGCGGCGGCCGGUACAACGCCAUGGUGAUGGAACUGCUAGGUCCCAGUCUCGAGGACCUGUUCACUUUGUGCAGUCGGAAAUUCCGUUUAAAAACGGUCCUGAUGAUUGCAGAUCAGCUCUUGACCCGCAUCGAGUUCGUGCACUCGAAACGAUUGAUCUUCAGGGACAUUAAGCCGGAAAAUUUUUUAAUUGGCCGAUCCAAAUCGAAAAAAGAGAAAAUUGUGCAUAUCAUCGAUUUCGGCUUGGCCAAGGAAUAUAUCGAUCCCGAAUCUGGAAAGCACAUACCGUACAAGGAACAUAAAUCAUUAACUGGAACGGCAAGAUAUAUGAGCAUAAACACGCAUUUGGGAAGGGAGCAGUCUCGACGAGAUGACCUGGAAGCGUUGGGCCAUAUGUUUGUCUAUUUUCUAAGAGGGUCGUUGCCGUGGCAAGGUCUCAAGGCCGACACGCUGAAAGAACGCUAUCAGAAAAUCGGAGAUACAAAGCGAACUACCCCAAUUGAAUCGUUAUGUGAAGGUCAACCUGAUGAAGUAGCUACUUAUUUAAAAUACGUACGAAAUUUGGAUUUUUUUGAAACGCCAGAUUACGACUAUUUAAGAGGCAUGUUUAAAGAGCUGUUCAAUAAAAAAGGGUUUCCAGAAGAUGGUGUCUUUGAAUGGACAGAUAGAGUGUCGUGGCUCAACGCCGAAGAGAGAAAGGAAGUUCAUAAAACCAAAACCUAAUUUCAAGGCACUUCUUGAUUUGUUUGUUUGACAGUGUUUUAAUAUACAAUAUUUAAUUGUCUG